ACGCGCCGACGGCGGCCCGCCAGGCGUCCCGGGGCUGGGCCUGCGCCGCUUUUGCAGCAGUCGGGUGGGAAGCCGGGUGUCUUCCGCGUGGCCUACUGAAGCUGCGGCGUCCCCACCGCUCAUCACUCGCGGGAUGCUCUUUCUGGCGUUAGGCCGCCCGUGGGCGGUCGAUCUGCGGCUCGGCGGGAGGAGGACGGCAUUGUGGGCGGCCGCCGCGUUCCUAGGCCCCAGGGCCUUUGUCUCUCGAGCGGCCUUCUGCAGCAAGCUCUCAGGGCCGGUCGCCGGCGGGAGCACGGGACCCUGGAGAGCCGCGCGCCUUCUCCAGCGUCCCGGCCGAGCGCAGAUCCCUGUUUGUUGGGAAGGAUGUGUUCGAUGCUCACAUACGCCAUCUGACAAAUCAGAAGAUGGAAGGCUUAUUUAUACUGGCAUUAUGGCCCGAGCAGUGUUUGGUGUGAGAUGCUUCUCUUACUCCACGAGUCUGUUUAGCCUUAUAUGUCUGCCAUACUUCGUUAUAUACAAUAGUGAUUUCUUUGAAAGUCUGCCUCUGUCUGUUCAAAUCGUAUUUUGUGGCACCCUAGGAGUCUUUACGGUGAUCUCCCCAGUGGUGCUUCACUUUGUUACAAAAAGCUAUGUCAUUCGGUUGUACCAUGAUGCCACAACAGACACUUAUAAAGCCAUUACCUACAAUGCUAUGCUUGCAGAAACGACUACAGUGUUUCACCAGAAUGACGUGACGAUUCCGGACACUACACAUAUAUUUACCUCAUUUCAUGCUAAAUCAAAAGCACUGUUAAUUAAUCCAAUGCACUUUCCAGAGCCUGAUGACUUUGUCCAUCUAAUGGGUUAUGACCAAGAAUUCCCUGAAGAAGCCAGUGAAGAGAAACAGCAUAAAGAUGAGAAAUGAGCCUAUUUUUUAAUGUUGGUACUUAAAUGUGAUUUAUGUUUCAACAUAUAGUAAUAAAAUUGCCUUUUGCAUUCUGUUAGUGGCUGAUUGUUAAACAUAAUAUGAAACUAUCAAAGCUUUUAAAUUUCAGAGAAUGAUGUUUGUUUAUAAUAAAACAAGCUCUGUUUGAAAGCCAAAA